CAGGGCUGCGGCUCCUCCUCAGACUCGGGGCUAGGCGCUCGCCGGUGCUCGGCCUGGGGCAAGUCCACCUCCGGGGUGGAGGGCGGCAGCUUCUCCGUCCUCUCAGCUUCCGGCUCCCGAGUCCCGGCCGGGCUCCGGGCGAGCUGCACAGGCGGCGGCUCCUCGGCCUCGCCAGGAGCAACCUUUCCCCCGUCGGCCUCCUCUCCGUCAGGCACCACUGACUCCACGGCCUCAGUGACGGCAGGGAGAGGGUCCGCACCGGCCUCGCUGCCAGGGAUAGGCUCCAUCUCGGGCUCGGCUUCUCCGGCCCCCCCAUCGCCCGGCACCGCUGCAGUAGCUGCCGCCUCCGCAGCCAUAGCCGCCAUUUUCUCUGCUGCUUCACCGCCGCCUCCCUCCAGCAGCGGGAUCGAUAACCACGGCCUUCCCCGCCCGCCUUGGGAGGGAGAGCCCACCCCCUAGGCUCGUAUCUGGCAGCCUAUUGGUGGGCGAGAUGCAACUUUCUAUUUCUACUGGGGAACGGAAUAGUCCAUCAAGCCAGCGGCAACUUCUCGUUGGCCGGCAGGAACUUCAUUCAAUGAAGAGUCGGGAAGAGGAAGAAGGGGUGUGGUUUGGUGCUGAACGGGCCGUUACAGAUCAGAGGGGCUGGACCUCUGGGGCUGCUCCUCUGUCUCAUUGGUUGAAGGAGGAGCUGCUCCCGGGGGAGCCAUGCUUGCAGCUUUAUCAGCCUGUAUGACAGAGAAACAGCAGAUGGAUCCAACAUAUGAUCUGUGGCUUAAAAGAAAUCAGAUUUGCUGCUAUUUUGCUCUACCAGCCACAUCACCAGGGCAACAUGGCAUUCGCAGGCAAAUACGAGUUCGAAAGUGAUGAGAACUAUGAUGAAUUUGUGAAGAAGAUUGGUCUCUCCAGUGACAAGAUUGAAUUGGGAAGGAAUUGCAAAAUAGUCACUGAAGUGGUGCAGAAUGGAAAUGACUUCACCUGGACACAGCAUUUCCCGGGAGGCCGCACCACAACCAACGCAUUCACAAUUGACAAGGAAGCAGACAUGGAGACAAUGGGUGGUAAAAGGUUCAAGGCAACAGUUAAAAUGGAAGGAGGGAAAAUAGUAGCUGAGUUUCCCAACUAUCGUCAUACUGCGGAGAUUUCUGGAGGGAAGCUAGUAGAGAUUUCUACUUCUUCUGGUGUAGUCUACAAAAGGACCAGCAAAAAGAUUGCUUAAGACAGUAAAGUCAGUCUCUUCUGACUGAAAAUAAUACAAAUAAAUAAAAUAGAGUGUU